AUGCCCAGUGUUCUAGCGCGACUUUCAGACUUCACUCGUAAAGAUGGAUUUAACACCCUUUUCAUUAAUCCAGGCCCUUUUUCUCUAGGAACGAGUAGAGCAGAUCCCGACGAAAUAAUUCCAGCGCAAGUGUCCCGUGGGAAUCCUAUAGGGAGUCGUCAAAUCUGUUGCAACAUUAAAGGACUUAAGUAUGUCAAUGCUUCUUUAAGUGGAAAAGAUCGGAGCUAUGCCACGAUUAUCUACAAUAAAAAGACAGCGAAGAUUGAAAUAUCUUAUAAUCUGCCGGAGUUCCUAUCACCCAAGUUUGAUGUCGAAGUUAUUGAUGGAGAAUCUUCUCGUUCUUUGGCUGUUGAUCCUCAUGCUUUGACAAAUACGUUCGGUUCGGUAUGGGGCAAAAAGUACCUCCGUGACUUAGAUGAAAUGUCUGCGCAAGCCGCUGCUGUUAAUGACGCUGAUGUUCUACAGAGAGUUGCUUUUGGGAAAGCAGCAUUGAAAAAGGAUGCCAAAAAACUAGGUCAAGCUGACAUAAAGGGCGGUGUAAAUGGUGAUAAGGUGACUCAGCAGGAGCUAUUGCUGCCUCCCUUUGACCAAAUAACGCGUUUCGUUGCCCAGAUCUUUCCGAUUGGCAAAAUUUUGCCCCCAGCGGUGGCCUCCAGUCUAGCCAAAGAGGCAAAAGCCUUUUCUGAAGCCGACGAAAGCAUGCACAAGCAGUGGCUCUUGGAGGGCAAUUAUCCCCGCUUCAUCAUUGAUCGUUUGGCUUACCUCCCGAUGGACAAUGCCGAAAUUGCGGGAUUUUCAGCACCGGGCGCUAAGAGAAAGCGGCAAUCUCCGGAUAGUGUUGGUCAGCCCGUAACAAGAAUGGAAAUGGCCAAAAAUUUGGCGUUGCUCGUGCAUAUGUUUAAGUUGUUUCAACUGAAACCGAGGGAGUUGCAGCAUCGAACACCCCUUCCUGACACUCCCCAACCUGUCAUGAAGCAUCUUUUAAAUGAGUUUACAGCUUUCGUGUUUAAAGAAGGGUGUGAGCGCCUCAAAGCUAGGGUGAUAACGCCGGUACUGCGCGACAAAUUGAUAUGCCACAUUCUAGUCCUUCUGCUUCAUUGCGACAGCUUUGCCACCGUCAUUGACACUCUUUCCGUCGACUUUAAAAUGCCCUCUUUGCGCUUGAAGAAGUAUUUCCAAUUUAUUGGAUGCUCAUUUACGAAAAAGGAGACGGGGGCGAGUAGUACUGACCAGAAGGAGGGGGGGAAGCAAUAUCACACGGUGGCACGACUAUCGGCUCCCCUCGUUUUCAAGAUUAUUAAUGCCGCAAAAAUGGAGCCACUUAACGGGGUUUUCGACUUUGCCCCCUGA